AUGCAUAAACUUAUCCACUCUAAUACUCGCUUGCUGAAGGCUGUUUCCUCUCAACAAUGUGCCUUCUCUACAUCCGUUUUGCGAUUCCAAAAGGCUGUUGAAGGUUCCGUUCCAACCAAGCCAGUCCAAACACCAAGCACUAGUGAAGAAUUAGUCAAGGAUAUUUUGAAUAAUAACGCUGUAGGAAAAAUUGCUGAAGCUGUUGAAUCCUACGAAAAACUCAAGAAGAUGAAUAAGAAUAUUGAAUUGAAAACUUUGAACACUAUUUUGAGUUCGUUCGCUUCUAAAAAUCUUCUUUUCAAAUGGUUUAAACCAUACAAAGAUUAUGUGGAUAUGUAUGUUGAAGCUGGUAAAUUCAGACCAAAGGAAAGAUUAGAGGAAGCUAAGAGAGUUUUUGAUGAUAUUUACAAGUACCACCAACAACCUGAUAUUGUCUCUUAUAAUGCUUUGAUGAAGGUACAACUUUCUACGGAUGACGUUUUGAAUGUUUUUGAUACUUUCAAUCAAUUACAAUCUUCUGGAGUUACUCAAUCACCAUUAUACAGAGAACAAUUGUUGACCACAUUCGGUACACUUUUGAGAGCUUGUUCUAUGCUUGAACAAACACAAUUAGCUGAAGAAAUUUACUUCUUUGCUCUCCAAGAACUCAUCAAGGAUAGAUUGGCAACAUCACACGAAAAGCCAUGGAAAUUAUCUGAUAGUGUUUCAUAUUUAACAUUGUGUAAUACUAUGUUGGAUGUUUAUGCUGAAGCUCGUGAUCCAUUUGCUUUCAACUUUUUCGAUCAAAUGGUUGCUAAUUCUUCAGCAGCUCACUACUCGAAUCAAAACAUUGAAAAAUCUCGUUAUAAGAGAUCACCAAAGUUGUUGGGUUCUCUCAAUGGAAUUACAUUCAAUACUUAUGCUAAGGCUUGUUUAUUUUUGGAUCAAAGAAUUAGACUUGUUGAAAUGGCUGAAAGAAUGAGAGUUGAAGGUGUUCUUCAAUCUGAAUUGAGUCAACCUGUUAGACUUGAAAUUAAGCAUGCCCUUGAAACUUAUACUGAACAAUUCCACAAACAACAUAGAUCUGAAUUAUUACCAGAAGGUCCACACGAUUUGAUUGCUUCUGAUCUUUUCUACGAUUUGAGAGAUUUCCUCAUUAUUGAUCCAGAUGAAGAAGAUAAUGCUGCUUGGGGUAGAGAAGUUGAUACUCGUGACUUUAAGUUUAUGAAAUUCUUGAAGCCAACUCAAGAUUUGUACAAGAUUGAUUUAGGUGAUUCUUUCAAAGAACGUAAAUAA